CUUCACGUCAACGCAAAUCCCAUACUGUAGCAAGCACCACCACCCCGCCCCCGCCAUGCUGUAUACAGCGCCCACGAUCCGUACCGCAGCACUGGGCUGUCGUAUUCCAGCAUCCCUCCUCGUACCCAAUCCAUACCACACCACCUCCGUGACCCCGCGUGAAGCACAGGAUGCCUCCAACCCAGUCCCAAGACGAGUCCCCGUCGCAAAACGUCACAUUUCAUUCCAGAGACCCAAUUUGACCCCUCCUUCAACACGAUCCGCUUCCACAAUCACCACCCCUUCACCCAAUGACCCCGAGCAAGACCAAACACCACCCGAGCACCUAAACUGGAAUACCUUCUUCAAGCUACGGAAGAAGCGCCGUCGCUAUCAACUCGCCUCGUCCAUCGGCUCCAGUGCCACGGCCUUCGUCACCGGCGCGCAAUUGUUGACUACGACGGACAUGGAUAAGCUAUCUGCGCAGAUCCCGCUCGACCCGUUUAUCUCGUUUGGUCUGAUUACCUUUGCCUGCGGGGGCCUGGGUUGGUUGGCGGGUCCGUUUGUGGGAACGGCGGCGUUCAAUUUGCAUAAUAACAAGUACCGGAAGCAGAUUGAUGAGAGGGAGAGGGAGUUUUAUGCGAGGAUUAAGAAGUUCCGUGUUGAUCCAAGCACUAGCUCAGUGGCGAAUCCAGUCCCUGGUACGUUUGGUUGGAUAGCUACAGGCUAAAUCAAAUUUCGAGUUGUAGUAUGAAGCUGACGAGAAUAUUAGAUUACUACGGCGAGAAGAUUGGAAGUGUGACGGAAUACCGACAUUGGCUGAAGGACCAGCGAGCAUUCAACAGGAAACGACAUACAAGCUUUUGAGGAAUUUACGCUGUGUGAUACGAAGA